UUUAAAGCAGAAAAGUAAUAAAUGAAGUCAGUUUGAUCUGCGCAGCAAUAAGAGCUGCUGUCACGGAAGCUGCAACGUCAGUCUUAGCCUACAUUUCAUGAACGACGCAGUUAAUAGAUUGUUAACGAUUUUGUUAGAGAAAACUGAAACAUAAAAAGCAAAAUGAUCUUCCGGAAUAUUUGGGGUGUGUUUAUCCUGUUGCUUUUCAACAUGGUCUAUCACAGUUUAGCAAAGAACGGUAGCAAUGACACUAUGUGUUCCGGGCAACAUCUAAUUCUUCAUCCAUUGAAGCUGUACUCGUCCUGUGGUGCUACGUUGGAGAAAGUGGAAACUCAGAAAGCGCCUACAGUGGCUUAUCCAAAAGUUGAGGAGGGUUCAUAUAAUUUAUUUAUUCUGAUUAUGGUUGAUCCAGAUGCCAGUCCAAAUCCCAAUUUAUAUUGGUUGCAUUGGUUGAAAACAAAUAUUUCUUAUGCUGAUGUGAAAGAUGGCAUUGAUGCAGAGUCUACUGACCAAAUGGUCUAUCGAGGUCCGAGCCCACCUUCAGGUAUCCAUCGAUAUCAAUUCUUUCUGUAUGGAGAAAAUGUCAAUAAAUUCAAACCACCACCAGUGCAAGCAGGAAAUCGUUUAUUUGAUUUCAUAAAAUUUGAAGAGAGCAACGAGUUAAAAGUUAUAAGUAGUUUUCAAUACUUGGUUUCUGCUAAAUCAAAGAUUUGAAGAACUGGGAAAUGUUAAACAAAAAUGGUUUUAAAGUAUUAUGGGAUGUCACAUAAUAAAAUAUAUAAUAAUGAUGGUGAUGAUGGAUGAUAAUAAUAAUAAUAAUGAUGAUGAUAAUAGUAAUUAUUAUUAAUAUUGCAAUCUAUGAACUCAAAACAUAUAAACAAGUAAUAAACAAUGGAUAAAAAUAA